UGCAUUGUGAAUUCAUUUGACAACUCUCAACACUAAAACUGACACUCCUAGCCUCCAAUGGCAACAAUAUCAAGCUUUUCAAACGGUUUUUGGAGUAAAGAUUACGCUACAGGUAUCAACACGCUUUUUGAGCGACUGAGUCUUGGUACCCAAGAAAAUGAACAAGUCAAAACAUUAAUCAAACUAUAUAAGCAAGCCAAUGAAGAUUUCGGAGAAAGAUUACAAGAAAUAACCAAAGAAUGCAUGAAGAAUGGCAACAAAGAAGAAACAAACGAAGAUUGCACUUCCUCAAGCAAAGCUUUCGAGGGUUUACGAAGCGAAAUUGAGACGCAAGGAAAACAACACGUUAGAAUUUCAAACGACCUACAAUCUUUGGUGUUGAGACCACUUUCAAAGAUGUCUGUUGACCAUGAACAAAAAUUGCAAACAAGCCAAUACGUGUUGACGAACCAUACAAAAGAGUAUGAGAAAAAAUAUCAUAUCAUGAAAAAGGCAAAGAGCACGUAUUAUAAUAGAUGUCGUGACGUAGAGGAUCUUGAAGAAGAAGCCAAAAGAGAAGAAGAGCAAGAAGGAUCGUCCGAUCUCAAAACGUCCAAUAAUCAAUUUUCAAGUGGUUCUUCUGGAGCCUACGAAAAUUCUGAAUCUUCAGAACAAAAUGGACCUGUACAACUUGGGUUUAUGGAGUUUAAAUUCGAUGAACUCCAAAAAGUCAUGUCCCAAAUAUUAGAGGAACUUCCUCUUCAAGAUAAACGAGUCCCUAUCUUGGGAACGUAUCAAAAUACUUGCUCAGGAAACAUCAUUGUUUCCUGGCUUCAGGAAAAUCUUCCAGUUCCCACACUAGUAGCCGCCGAAGCGUUUGGUCAAGAUUUGAUUGCUGAAGGAUUUUUGCGUCAAAUAGGUCAAAUUGGCGUCGGAGGUACAUUUGUCAAUAGCACAAACUUUUACUACCAGUGGAAGGAGAAGGCUUUUCAAGUAGCCGGAUUAGAUAGUCAUGAUGCUCUUGUUGAGAAUGCAAAAUCUCUACCUUUCCUCGGUGAAUAUUUAUCCGACUAUAUCCAAUACAGAAAGCAAUAUGCGAUGGAAUCCCCUUUGCAACGUGCCCAUAGGGAAGCUGUUGAUGCUAAUACAUCGUAUAAGGAAGCUGUGUAUGACCUAGACAAAUGUAGAACGCUUUUAGAGGAAAAUAUUGUUGAUCACUUCCAAUUUUUACAAAAAUGUGAAGUUGAACGUGUUAAAUAUUUCAAGAAUACCUUUAUGGAUAUGUCCACUAUAAUCUCUAACUUCUUACCCUCCAUGAAGUUGCUAGCUGACCAAAUUAUUGUAUAUCAGGAAAUUAUUCAACCUGAUAGUGAUAUCCGUUAUAUCCUUGAGUCAUCAGCUACUGGCCCUUUCUUGCCUCACGUUGAAGUUUACGAAGACUAUUAUAACGAUAUUAAGGACCAAGUGUUCGGUAUUGACAUGGAGUUCCUCUGUCAUCGUGAUAAAAAACGUGUUCCUAUAAUAGUUAGCACUAUUCUUUCUUUCCUUGAUCAGCUAUAUCCUACCCUUCCUUCAGAUAAAGUUCGACAACAAUUGUGGUUAGUUAACUCUCCUUUAUCUUCUAUACAUCAACUUAGAGAGGCUCUUAAUUAUGCUCCAAAUGUAUCAAAGGAUAUCCUAGUACAGUACUCGCCUACAGUCGUUGUGGGCACAUUGAAACUAUUUCUUUUAGAACUUCCAGAUUCAAUUAUUCCUUCAUCUGCUUUUGAAUUAAUCCGUUCUAUAUAUGCCAAUCAUGGCAACGAUGAAGUUUAUCGGGUCCGCUUGUUACAGAAUCUUCUUUCCCAACUUCGUAGAGUGAAUUUGGCUACUUUGAGUGCUAUAAUCACUCAUUUGCAUCGAUUAAUAUCCUUAACGACGAAAGAAACUAAUUUUGUCGGUGAUUUGGCUAACUCUCUCUGUAUGUGUAUAUCCAGACCGACAUCAUGGACGUUAUCAAUUCAACAUGAUAAACAUCCUUCACGGUUCUUAGAGGAUCUUCUGACUCACGGUCCUACAUUAUUUGAAGAAUUGAGAAAAUUAAGUGCUGCCAAACGAGCUUCUGAUCGAGGCCCUUCCACUCUAAUUGCAGGUGACAAGCAAUCAGCAUCUAGAAAAGCCUCAGUUUCUUCUACUGCUUCUGCACCUACCUCUGCACCAUAUGCUUCGCCCAGAUCAUCUUUAGAUGAAGCUCGUCCAUCUGUCAGUGAAGCUGAAUUUACAACAGAUAAUGUUCCUUCCACGCUUCUUCGUACUUCAUACGCUUCAAAUGCCAGAAGGGGUAGACGAAAUGUUAGUCAAGCUUCACAAGUUAGUGAUACCAGUGAGUUUAGCGAGCAAGAGUUCAAGGAUCCGAGUACAGACGAUACCGAAAGGGGUGAAAUAUGGCAAUCCUUUGGAAAUCAAGAAUAAUUUGUACCGUAUAUUUUUUCUAAUCUACAGUAAUUUUUUAUCUGUAUUUUCUAACUGGCUGUCCAGCAUUGCAUUAUUUGCAUUAACUUACGUUUAUGAAAAUGGAAACAAACAUAUUAAAGUGUGUACAUGCCUGGCUUGACUUUGGACGAAUAUUUCCUUGUAGCAUAGAUUAUUAUCUAAAUAAAUUAAGUCUUUCUGUAGGCGUGAAAUAAAAGAAUGUUAUUCAGAAAAUUUUUA